AUGAUACUCCUUCUCUAUACGGGUCUCUACCUUGGCGUCACACUAAUGCUACAUGGUGUCGCUGCAAUCCGCCCAGGUUCCCAACAACUCGAGUCGUGUCACUACAACGGAUUCAUGCUACAAAGCAGCCACAAGAAAGAACGUCCGAUGCCGCCGGAAAUACAAUCACUCAAAGACAAGUAUGUUUGUGGCAAGGAUAACGAAAAGGCCACUCAGGACGGUUGCUAUUUCGACAAGGCGAAGUACUAUAGUGAUGUGAAGGACGGAACCCUCAAUCACGACUCUAGGCACCCUGAUCAAAUCCUCAUUUGUGGUCAUGCUCCAGCGUGGGUCCAAGAGCUUUGCUACUUCCUUGACGGUGGACGCCAAUUUGCCUGUGGUGUUAGAGGUAAGCCCUUAUACAACAUCAGAGCCACCAUCAGCGAGCAGACUGUGGAUCUUGGCACUUUGGAUCUCAGCGAACUCUACUUGAAUCCAAAGAAAUUUUCAGCUCCGGAACAGGAUGAUAGAGACAAGUCCGGUGGAGGUAAACUCUUCAAAAGUCGAACAUACACGCAAGGAUGUCAUGGUGAAAGUGAUGAAAAGCAUCAUGUUGCAGAGUAUUCCCUUACAGGCGUAUGGGGAGCGCUCAAUGACAAGGAUGAGAACAACCCUGACCCAGUCAUUUAUGAUGAAGAAACAACUGGAAAGUGGCUCAUGAAUGCUCUGAAAGAAACAAUCGACGCAUUGGUAAAGACUGGCGAGUACUCUUACAAUGUUGCUCUCGGAUGUCCCGAUCAACAGCCGAUCAGAUUUAAACGAAGGGCUUAUUCAACUAAGCGUUCCGCGCCUGGAAAUGUCUGUGCAUCAGAAUGGUUUGAUUGUGAAGCCUUGAUUGAGGAAGGAUGCGGCUGGGUCCGAUUCGGCGAUGGCAAAUCCGCGCAUCCAAGCUGUCAAGAAUAUGUGGGCAACAAGUACUGCAGCCCUGAACAAACUCCCUGUAAGAAUGCCACGGUAGGUUAUCACCUACCGGAGGAAAUCUCAGUUCACAUCUAUGACAAAGAUGAACUUCAAUCGAGCUAUGCAAGCGUGAAAUUCGAAGGGAAAGGCGUCAAAGUAGAAUGCUCCAGGUUUGAACGUAUCAUGUCCUUUCUCCCUGGUUUCCAAACAGAAUUUCCGGUGUUUCUGUUGGGGAAUUUGAUUGGUCUGAAGUGCCUUUUGCACGCCACUGCGAAAGAUCCAGAGACUACACACAUUACUCUGCAGGAAACGGGUAUCGUCGCUCCACAUACCUUGGCAGGUACAAGUGUCUAUGCGGCACCUCCACCACCGCCACUUCCUUAA